AUGGCCGCUCCCCGUCGGUCUACCACUCAACCCUCUUCCCGCCAUGCUAAUGCUCCCAAGCCGCCCCCUGCCGCUGCUCCCAAGCCGCCCCCUGCUGCUUCCGGCCCCCCCGGGCCCUCCGCACCCCCCCAGGCUCCUCCCCCGCCCUCCCGUGAGGCCGUUAAGGUCUGGCAAGGCAUCUUCAAUGGCGGACCGUACACCGCGCUUAAGAUGGUGCAGUACAUCGUUCAAGCCAGCGGGAAUAGCACCGCCAAGUUUGUGGCAGAGCCUGUGAACACCACGAAGGGGGUGACCAACCGAGUCAUCGCGACCCGCAACAUCAGGGACAUGGCCCCGGUUUGGGCGUACAAUACUGGCCGGUGCACGUCGUUCGCCAUCAAGGCGGCCUACGAGCUGGGGCGAUACGCGGACCGGGACGGGAAACCCAUUUACAACUUUGCCAUCUACGAUUUGGAAGGCCACCGUAUCGCGCGCUGCUUACAAACGGCGACGGUCAUCGACUCCAGCUCGACCAUCUCCGGCGGCGCGUUCGUGCUGCCCGAGGGCCACUGGCAAAGUUUUGAGGAGACCGCAGCAAGGUGGAAGUUUAAGAGUUCCGAAUCAAGUUUUGAGCGUGACGGCAAUGUCUCUGGCAAAGUGGCCCGUUCUUCGGGGGCCCUCUCCCACGAGGAGGCCAUGAUCAUGUGCCUGAAUGGCGUGGAAUCCUCCAUAAAGUACAGCAUCCCGACGCUGUUCCGGUCGGUCCCGUUGAACGGCACGGCCCAGUACCACGGCUUGAUCACCUGGAUACCGCACAAGCGUUGCAUCGACUUGGUGCCCGACAUGAAGUACAAGAAGAGGAAGUUCGUCAUCCAGUGGGCUAAGCCCGACCACAAGGGUAGGGUUGACGAAAACAACCUCGGCAACGAGAAUGACCUGGCCAUUUGCGUCACCACAAUGGAGGACUUCGUCAAGGUCCAUGGUGGGCCGUAUGGCGAGGCUCAGUGGGCCGCGGACGGUAUCAACGUUUUCAGCGGUGAGAUGUUCGCUGCGGCUGUUGAGUUGUGGGGUUUCCCGAAGCUGAAUAACUUCCUCAACGCCCCCGCUUAG